AUGUUGCUUGAGAAACGUUUUCAAGAAUGUACUCAUAACUCAAGUUACACAGCUCGUAGAAAUAUGACUAAUGAUAUUGUAGUAUUUGAAUCCUGUCAUAAUAUCUUGUUCUCGGGUGAUGAUAAUGAACUCUUUAAUGAAAAUAUAACCCCAAUAAAUAAAAAAAAAUCAUUAAAAAAUUAUGAAGAUUUAAUAUCUGUAGAUCGUAUAAUGGAAAACGAAAAAAGAAAAAAUGAAUUGAUAUGUGAAGAAAUUCUUGAAAAACUUGGUUCAUAUAAUCCAUAUUCAUUAUUUAUAAUGAUAUCCAUGGCUAUAUUAUGGGCAUUAGCUGCUAUGAAUCUUAUGAUAUCAGCUUUUAUUGUUGAUCUUACAUAUGCUAAUACCUCUUCAAAUAAUAUUAUUGAUACAUUUCAAUUAAUUGAAGAUAAAUCUUACCUUGUAAAUAUGUUUUCAUCAUCAUUUAUGUUUGGAAGUGUAAUUGGUGGAAUUGUAAUACCUAUAUUUGCUGAUUAUUUUGGUAGAAAAACAAAUGUUGGUUGGUGUACUUUUAUUCUUGGAGCUGCUGGUUGUGGUAUAGCUUUUGUUAAUAAAUAUUAUCAUGUUUUAAUUUUACGAUUUAUUCAAGGAGUAGCAUUUCAUGGAACCAUUGCAACAAAUUGGGUAUUAUCUUAUGAAUCAGUAUCAAUAAAAAUAAGAUCUUUUUCUGCACUAAUUUUUGGAGUUAUAUGGGUAGUAGGAUAUUGUGUUAUAGCUCCAUUGGCAUAUUACUUUACUGAUUGGAGAGAUUUUUGUUUUUUUACAGCACUUCCAACACUUAUCUUUUCUUUUAUUGUAUUUGCAACAAUACCAGAAUCUUUAGGAUUUUUAAUUUAUAAGAAAAGAAUGGAUGAUAUUAAAAAAUGGUUAAAAUAUAAUAAAAAAUUUUCUAAAUUUUUUGGUAAAAAAAAUUUUAUAGAUAUUGAUAAUUUAAUAAAUAGUAUAUCAAAUAAUACAAAUGAAUCUAGAAUUGAAGAUACUGAGAAAUUGUCUAUUAUAAGAAAAGUAGCAAACUUUUUUACAACAAAAAAAAUUUUAUUUCUUAAUCUUAUAAUAUUUGCCUUCGUCUGGACAACGGAUACAGUAAUAUAUUAUGCAUUGUCAUUUUUUAGUACAAAUUUAUCUGGCAAUAUGUAUAUAAAUUAUGUUUUAUCAGGAUUAGUAGAAUGUCCCAGUUAUCUAGUAGUCCCAUUUUUUUUAGAUUAUUUUGGUAGAAAAGGUUUAACAUUUAUAAUGCAUUUUAUUGCAUCAAUAGCAUUAUUUUUGGGGCUUAUUAUAGGACAAGAUCAACAUAUUAUUUACCUUCUAAUUUGGUUAACAGGAAAAUUUUGUAUAUCAUGUACUUUUACAUCAAUAUUUGUAUAUGGAUCAGAAAUAUUUCCAACAUCAUACAGAAAUGUUUUACUUGGUUUUUGUGCUGUCAUCUCAAGAUUUGGUGGUAUUAUAGCACCAUUUUCAAAAAGUCUUGAUGUUUUAUGGCCAAAGGCAUCUAUUGCUUUGUUUGCUUCAAUAGCAUUAUUAGCUGCUCUGUUAUCGCUAAUUUUACCAGAAACUGGAAAAAUUAAAACAUUUAUAAGAAAAAAAAAAUAA